GACCUCGAUGCCUCACACUGACGCGCCUGCCGCCCGUCCCAUUCGCCUGUUAGAGAUAAGAUGCCCCAUUGCUGCUGCAAUUGAAUUGGCUGGCUCUCGCUAUGGAGCUGCCGCUCUCCGUUCACGCCGCCCUCCUCUCCUGCGGCUCCGCGCCCAUCGUCUUCGGGCUCCGCUCCCGCUCCGCCGCUCCGAGCCGCCGCGCCUGGCCGCUCCAAGCCCGCAGGAACAAGAACUACAGGAGCGACGAGGACGCCGGCGGCGCCGCGGAGGCCAAAAUCAUCACCCUCGGCCGGCCGGGGAAGAGCCGGCGGCGCCGCAACAGGAAGCAGGAGCAGCAGCCGCAGAAGGAUGAAGCCGACGACGAUGAGGAGGAGGAGGACGAGCGCGACGCGACGAUCCCGGAGGUGGUGACGAACCGGAUGAUGCGGCGCGUGGGGGUGUCGGUGGGCUUGCCGCUGGCGCUGGGCGUGGGCUUCUUCCCGGUGUUCUACUACCUCAAGGCGGUGCAGAAGGUGGACGUGCCGACGUGGAUCCCCUUCGGCGUGUCCUUCGUCUUCUUCGGCGCCGCGCUGCUGGGGGUCAGCUACGGCAUCGUGUCCGCGAGCUGGGACCCCGCCAGGGAGGGCUCCCUGCUCGGCUGGACCGAGGCCCGCCGCAACUGGCCCGUCUUCUGGGACUCGCUCCGGGGGCGCUCGCCUCCUCGCCGGGGAUAGGAUAGCAGCUAAUCAAGGCCAGUAAUCCACCCUCUUAUCGUUGAUAGUACAUUUUAUACAGUACUCCCUCCAUACUGGUAUUAGAAAUCGUUUAGGACAGCAUUUAGCAUACCAAGGAGUCAUUAAUUAGAGAGAAGUUUUCCAUGUUUGCCCUUAUUAAAUACGAUUGCGGAUGUUCCCGGCAGAACUGUCUCUCCCACUUAAGUUGGCUAGCGCAGUGGGUUAGCAAACCAAACGGGCACCAGUUCGACUCCUUUCUGGUCCAACAUUUUUUGGUUUUAGCUGAUUUUGCAUGGUACUGUGUGUCUGGUGCGCUGCAUGGCGCGCUGGUUGGUUUCGACGGUGGGCGCGCUUGGUGGCUGGUGUCCGCGUGCUUUUUUUUUCGCGUUUCCGUUUCAUGGUGCGGAGGAUGGCCGCGAAUGUUUUUCAGAAAUCCGCUGGUGCGCGCUCGCAACAUUCCGCUAGCGCUUUUUUUUCCGUUCUUAUUUAAAGGCCCGGCCGCUAGGACUCUUUGUUCAGUCGCUUGAGCUUCCUUCUCCAAUUCAAACCGUGUAUCGCACACAUGGACGUCGACCUGAACAAGCCUGCAGUGGAGGAAGCCGAGGGGCUCGACCUCAACGCUGUUGUACUGGAGGAAGCACAUGGGCUCGACCUCAACCAGCCUAUUAUGGUGGAUGACAACGACAAUGGCUUUGAUUUGAACCUUCCAUUGGAUGAAUAUGGUGCGGUUGAUUUCAGUUUUCUACAGAACCUCGCUGAAUCUGCUGUUGAGGCUCCCAUUCAAGCAAACCACCGAAGGAAAGAGAUGACAGAGGAACUCAGGAAACAAGUUUAUCAAGCUUUGUUGGCUAGAAACAAGAAUGGAAAACUAGGCAAGCAAGAUACUGCAAGUGUUGCCGAUCAGUUUGGCCUUCACAUCCGAACAGUUCAACGUUUAUGGAAGCGAGGUAAAAUUCAACUUGCAAACUCUGUCCCGGUUGUGGUUUCUAGUCUAAAGAAGGGUAGAGUUGGCCGUAAGGCAGUCCCUGUUGAUUUAGAACCAUUGCGCAACAUUCCUCUAAAGGAAAGAAUGACCAUAGAGGAUGUGUGCAACCAAUUACACUUGAGCAAAUGGAGGAUUCAAAGGUAUUUGAAAAAGGGUUUUCUUAGGCACCACUCUAGUAGCAUCAAACCAUAUCUCACUCAAGCUAACAAAAAGUCUAGGUUAAAGUGGUGUGUUGAUAUGAUAGAGAGAGAAUUGCUUGCUGAUCCAAGGUUUAAGGAUUUUUAUGACUUUGAUCAUUGAUGAAAAAUGGUUCUACCUCCAUCAAAAAUCAGAAAAAUAUUAUUUGCUACCUGAAGAAGAUGAUCCCAAUCGGACUUGUAAGAACAAGAAUUACAUCCCUAGGCUCAUGUUCUUGUGUGUUUGUGCUCGGCCAAGGUUUAGGGAUGGGGAGUGCAUUUUUGAUGGUAAGCUUGGUUGUUUUCCUCUUGUCACUUAUGAGCCGGCUGUAAGGGGUAAUCAAAGAACCGGCCGUGUCCGUGGAGAAUUGGUUAUGAAGCCCAUUACAUCGAUCACAAGAGAUGUCAUUAGGGACUUCAUGAUCAAUAAGGUGCUGCCGGCUAUUAGAGCCAAAUGGCCAAGGGAAGAUGUGGGCAAACCGAUAUUCAUUCAACAGGAUAAUGCGCCUUCUCAUCUAAAGCUGGAUGAUCCGGUGUUUUGUGAGGCUGCUAAGCAAGAUGGCUUCGAUAUUCGACUAAUCUGUCAACCACCUAAUUCUCCGGAUUUCAACAUUCUAGACUUGGGUUUUUUCCGAGCAAUUCAAGCUAUUCAAUACAAGAAAAAUGCUAAAACAUUAGAAGCCCUAGUUCCAACAGUGCAAGAGGCAUUCAUGGAGUAUUGUCCGUACAAAGCAAAUAGAAUUUUUGUAACUCUUCAGACUGUUUUGAAGGAAUCCAUCAAGGUUAAAGGAAACAACAAUUACAAAAUUCCUCACAUGCAAAAACAAAGACUUGAGAGAGAAGAACGGCUGCCAUUGCAAAUCUCUUGCGAAGCAUCCUUGCUAGACGAAGCUCUCGCUAGUCUUGCUGCAUCAAACUAGACAAAAUACUUUAGUAGGAGCAAUUGCAAACUAGAAGGUGCAUCUUUGUUUGAAUGAAUGGGACAUGUAAUCUUACUGUUUGUUCUUUGCAUCUUCCAUUUGCUUGUCCAACUUAAUCAAAACAUGGUCAGGCACAAGUAUAGUGUCGCCAUCCAUUUGCAGCUCGUUGACAUCAGGAAUAAAAACCUCACAAUCGAACUUUUCCAUGUC